AUGAGCAGCGUCUCCAGCGAGGCUUCUGAUGAAUCAUUGUCAGACAUCACCGAUGGAGACGUGACCCAGGACGUGACCCAGUCGAGCCGGCUCGCCAAGGAGACCACAAACGAUACACCCGGCUACAAGACCUUUCUGUCCUUUGCGGCCGCACACGAUGCAGUGACGAAUGAGCGUCAUGAUCACCUCUUCUGGCCUUCAGAUCGCUGGAUCUACCUCUCCGCCAGCUUGAAAGCACUCGAGCGACGUGUCAAGCCACAAGAGGCGAGACAUAUCGCACCUAUCAUCUGGCGACUCCUUGCUCGUCUCGACGAUCUCCUUGCAAGACCGGUACUCAGAACACAGGCCUACAAAGCGUCAUUACAGAGCGAGGAUGCACUGGCGCUCGUCAAGCUGCGUCAGAAGUGGUCUGUCCGGCGCACAACAAGCAUCUGGGGGAUCGCGCUUUCGUCUGGAGUCAAGCCGAUCGAUCUGGACGGCUCUCCCUGCGACCUGGCUAUCCAACUGGCUAUCGAAAAGCAGCUGCUUACCUCUGUUCCCACACAGUCUAUCGAAUUCGUCAAUGUGAACAAAUUGCCGGACACUUUGGUUCGUUUUACCGACAUUGCCAGCUGGUAUGCAGCCGCACAGCCUACAGCGAUGCCGUACAACUGGUCGACCGUCAGCGUGCGUACGCUCAGCUUGCAGGGCUGUCGGCUCGAUGACUUGCCGGCUCAGCUGCUCGCGGAACUACUUCCGAAUGUGGAGCAUGUCCGCCUGUACCGCUGUGGCUGGCCAGAUGUUCCGCCAUCGGUGCUGGUCUUUCCGAAGCUCCGGAGGAUAAGCACGGACAUCACUCAGAAGCAAGCCAGUAGUGACUCUCUGCCGCCACUACCGGGACCCUCGAAGCUGGAGCGCAUACCGAGCCUUGUUGAUAUUCUUUCUGGCAUGCUCCGAGAGACCGGAGCGUCGGUCGCAGAUCUGCCGGACCAUCUGCAACAUUGCGUCUCACAAAGCUACCGAUGUAGGUGCUGCAGAAGCUUUGUUAGCUCUGCUUCAUCAGACUUUGUCGCUGGCGAUCACGUCGAAGAGCUUUCUCAUGGUCGACCGAGCACAGUCACCUCGAGCAGCGUCGCCGCGAUCGAUCAGUGCUUGCUGCUUUCAAAUCCUUGCUGGCGGUAUUGCCUCGCUUGUCUGCCUCGACAUUUCGCCAACGAGCCCGUGCAGGCCGGGCACGCUGGCCUAUACACCGUGCGCUGUGGCUGUCCAAUCUGCGAUAGCGAACGGAGACAGAAACAUGCACAGUGGUCCAGACGGAGACGCUAG